AUGCUGUCUCACGCCGACCUCCUGGACGCCCGACUCGGAAUGAAAGAUGCAGCCGAGCUGCUGGGACACCGGGAGGCGGUGAAGUGCCGGCUGGGCGUAGGGGGCUCUGACCCGGGAGGGCACCCGGGAGACAUGGCCCCCAACUCGGACACGGUGGAAGGGGCCACGCUCCUGCCCGGGGAGGACAUCACCACGGUGGGCUCCAACCCGGCCUCCUUGGCAGUCAGCGCCAAAGACCCCGACAAGCAGCAGGGGCAGCCGGGCGGGCAGAACCCCAAUCAAACGGGACAGCAGCAGGGGCAGCAGAAACAGAAACGGCACCGGACCCGCUUCACCCCGGCGCAGCUUAACGAGCUGGAAAGGAGCUUCGCCAAGACCCAUUACCCUGACAUCUUCAUGAGGGAGGAGCUGGCCCUGAGGAUCGGCCUCACCGAGUCCCGGGUCCAGGUCUGGUUCCAGAACCGACGCGCCAAGUGGAAGAAGCGCAAGAAGACCACGAACGUGUUCCGGGCGCCGGGCACGCUGCUGCCCACGCCGGGCCUGCCGCAGUUCCCCUCGGCCGCCGCCGCCGCCGCCGCCGCCAUGGGCGACAGCCUGUGCUCCUUCCACGCCAACGACACGCGCUGGGCCGCGGCCGCCAUGCCGGGCGUGUCGCAGCUGCCGCUGCCGCCGGCGCUGGGCCGCCAGCAGGCCAUGGCGCAGUCGCUGUCCCAGUGCAGCCUGGCGGCCGGGCCGCCGCCCAACUCCAUGGGCCUGUCCAACAGCCUGGCGGGCUCCAACGGCGCCGGCCUGCAGUCGCACCUCUACCAGCCCGCCUUCCCCGGCAUGGUGCCCGCCUCGCUGCCCGGCCCCAGCAACGUGACGGGCUCGCCGCAGCUCUGCAGCUCCCCGGACAGCAGCGACGUGUGGCGGGGAACCAGCAUCGCCUCCCUCCGCCGCAAAGCGCUGGAGCACACAGUCUCCAUGUGGUUCACCUAAUGGCAGGGCCGCCUGCCCCCCGCGCCCGGCCGCCGCCCCCCCCCCCCGCGGAUCGCGUCCUCCCCCCGCGCCCCCCCGACUUACUUACCAGGGAGUCGACUCAGGAUCUGAAAUCAGCCACCAAUGGACUGGUUUGUGGGCAGAGAAACACCCCCCGCCACCCCUCACACGCCCCCAGCCCCCAGGCCUGUGUUCCCGGGAGGAGACCCAACGACCAGGGCCUUGGGUCUGCACAGCACCACACGAAAGGACUCAUUGGGCAUUUGGGAUCUCGUUUUAAUUUGUCCCUUGUCUCCCUUCCCCACCCACCCAGCCAUUUAUUGGGCUUUGCCAAGAGAUCCAUUUUUUUUAAAAGCACAACAAUAUCAACCCCAACAACAAACAUUGCAGGGCUUUUUGGUCAGAAGGUUUCCUAACGGGCAGCACUGGCUUUGGGGGGCGGGAGGGAGCUGGGCAGAUUAAUGAAGUGAUGAGAGCAAUCAAGAGGAAAUUGAACCCAUUUUGAUAAAGCGUUUAUAAGUGAGAGCAAAAAUCAAAGUCAUGUUUCCUUUUGUAAAAAGUGUGAGGGGGGGGAAGCACUUCCCAUUUCUGGAUCUUUGAUUUCUUGAUCGAUUUAGUUGCAAACCUGUCACCUUUUUAUUUUUAUUUUGUUGCUGUUGUCUCUAUUGCAUCUUCUGCUGUUGCCACUGGCCCUGCAAGCUCAGUGGCAAGGGCCUGGUGCACAUGGACAGUCUCUCUCGCCAACCCUGCCAAACUUUGUACAGAGAACACAAUCAGCUCUUUUCUGCAUGUGCUGGUCCAGUCCAAUCCCGGAGAACAGAUGCUCUUUGGAAGAAUGAACAAACAAUGUGAAAUAGGAUGUUUUGUGUAGAUAAAGCAUUCUUGUUACAUACUGGUCGGUUUGUGAUCUGUUUUAACUUAUUGUCUGUGCUUAUUUAUUGAAUUUUGGGUUUCUUAAUAAAUGUUUGAGCUAAUAUAAAACAUAUUAUUUGACUUUU